ACUCGGAAGAGACCCGGAUUUUCCUUCAUCCUCCUUUAACCAGUCAGACCAGUAACUCUGGAAAGGCACAUACGCGAGUAGGCUACUGGAUCAGCGUUUACCCUUGUGAUCCCUGAUGGCUUCGCACAGUGAUACUCUGGUGGUGUUCUUUGGGGCAACAGCUGGUGCAAAUGGGGGUAAACUGGGCUCGGAUGAGAGGGAGAUAAUUCUCUUGGUGUGGCAAAUUGUGGAUCUACAUGAGAACAAGGUGGGGAAACUUCAAAGGUGUCUCGUACAGCCAGACACUUUGGAAUUAACCGAGCAAAGUAAAGAAGAAACCGGAUUAACUUUGGAUGAGCUCUGCAAAGCAGAACCGUUGGAUCGAGUUCUGCAACAGUUCCAGCAGUCAGUCUCUAGUGAACUGAAAUCUAUGGGCAGAAGCUCCUACGUUCUCUGUGUUGAUGGACCCCGUCUCAUAAGACAAGCCUUCCACCCAGAAGCUGCCAAAAAGAACCUGGUACUCCCACACUGUUUCUUCUCCUUUGUGGAUCUGAAGAAAGAGUUUCACCAAUGCUGUCCAAACGCAGGCUCAGUGAAGGAGCUGACACUGGCCUCCAUGUUGCAGUAUGCAUGUAUCCCUCCCCCAGAGACAAAGCAGGUGGUGGGGAUGCAGGAGGUGCAGAGCAUGGUAAUGCUGGUACUACACCUACUGUCUGCUCCCUACAAUCACAAGUUUACUGGUGUUGAAACUGUGAUGCAUAAGUUUGAAACAGGUGCAUGCAGUAAGGGAGAGUCGGUGGACAGUGAGACGGUGAUUCGUGCUAGGGGUCUCCCCUGGCAGUCCUCUGAGCAGGACAUUGCCCGCUUCUUCACAGGCCUCAACAUCACCAAAGGUGGUGUGGCGCUCUGUCUGAAUGCACAAGGCAGAAGGAAUGGAGAGGCUCUAGUGCGCUUUGUCAGCCCUGAACACAGAGACCUGGCCUUGGAGCGCCACAAACACCACAUGGGAACCCGAUACAUUGAGGUAUACAUCGCAUCGGGAAAGGAAUUCCUGAAGAUAGUUGGAGCAACCCCUAACGAGGUGGCACAGUUCCUGUCGAAGGAAAACCAGGUGAUUGUCCGCAUGCGUGGGCUGCCCUUCACCGCCACCCCGGAGGAUGUUCUGGGCUUCCUGGGGCCGGAGAGCCCUGUGACGGACGGCAGCGAGGGACUGCUGUUUUUGAAGUACCCCAAUGGCCGCCCAACUGGAGAUGUUUUUGCGCUCUUCGCCUGCGAAGAGUAUGUACAACAUGCCUUGAAAAAGCACAAGCAGAUCUUGGGAAGGAGAUACAUCGAGAUAUUCCGAAGCACUGCUGCAGAGGUCCAGCAGGUGCUGAACCGUUACAUGUCCACUCCUUUGAUCUCCACUCUACCCCCACACCCAAUGGUACCAGUGCCUGUGAUGACCUCACCCUCCUUCCUGACAUCCAGCAACAAUCGGGAUUGUGUGAGGCUGAAGGGGAUGCCCUACACUGCCGACAUAAAAGACAUCCUGGAGUUCAUGGGAGAACACGCUUCCGACAUCAGGCCCCAUGGCGUCCACAUGGUGCUUAACCAACAGGGCCGUCCUUCAGGAGACUCCUUCAUCCAGAUGAAGUCAGCCGACCUUGCAUUCAUGGUGGCUCAGAAGUGCCAUAAGAAGACGAUGAAGGACCGUUAUGUGGAGGUGUUCCAGUGUUCCACAGAUGAGAUGAGCUUGGUGCUAAUGGGUGGCACUCUGAACCGCAGUGGCCUGUCCCCCCCACCUUGCAAACUCCCAUGCCUGUCUCCACCCAUCUACAGUACAUUCCCACCUCCUGCUACCAUGCUCCCUGCGGAGACAACCAUGUACCAGCCCCCACUACUGGUGAUGCCGCGUUCCACACAGCCUCCUGCUCACAGUACUGCCCCUGCAUUGGCAUACUACCCACCCCAUCCCCAUGCCCAGUUUUACAUGAACAUGAACUACACUGCCUACUACCCCAGCCCCCCGGUAUCCCCCUCCACAGUAGGCUACUUUUCUGCUCCUCCUGGGGCAGUAACUACUGCUGUGGCUGCCCCCACUCCAGCUCCCAUCAUUCCCCAGUCAGGGGCCCUGGUCAGGAUGCAGGGCCUGCCCAUAAACACAGGUGUCAAGGACAUACUCAGUUUCUUCCAGGGGUACCAGCACGUUCCUGAUGACUACAGCAGCGUGGUACAGAGUGAUCAGACACGGGGUCUGAUUCAGCCCAAAGAGUGGCUCUGUUUGUAACAAGCUGAAGAAGCUCCAGGCGGAUGCCGUCCUCAUAUUGUACAACCUGAGGGGUCAGCGCAGCGGGGAGGCCCUGGUGACCUUCCCCAGCAAGGAGGAAGCCAGGCGAGCCGUGGCUGAAUGCUCCAACCACCCACUCUCUGGACAGCCCAUCCGGCUGGCGUGCUGCAACUGACCGGGCUGAGGGGAAAGGACUGGACCCCUCUCUUCUUUCGCAGUCACAAAAAACAGACAUGACUCUCACCUUUCGCUCUGAGGGAGGACUGCAGGGAAACACAGAUGCACAAACACACACUAUAUGUAUGUCUGUAUAUGUGUGUGUGUGUGUGUGUGUGUGUGUUUGUGAUCAUCUUACUCCAAAGUGCCUUUAUUUAUAUAGAGUAUUAACAACAGUGUAUGUGCUCUGAACUAAGUCCUCCCCUGUACCAGAUCAUACCUUCCUGCUACCACAAAAUUACCAUUUUAUGACAUGUCCUGAACAAAGUCCUUUAUCAUGACAACUUCCUGUGUUUAAGUUCCAAUAUGUAUAUAUCUAUAUAGUAUGUUGCCUGAUGUGCCUACUUGCUGUUAGGGCUGUGCAUUAUAUUUUAGGCCAUAUGAACUGAUUCUACCUUCAACUGCCAGCUGGAGGUUUAAGAAAUGUACUACUGAUCAUAGACAUUGCAAUUUUGUGUAGGCCAAUAUAUUAGGCCAGUAGUCUUCAGUGCCAUGUAGGGAUAUGAAUUUAUUUUGUGUAAUGAACAUACCUCUUAUCAAAAGCUUUGUUUUCUCUACAUGGACAGAAAAUGAGCUCAUCAGAAAAUGUGUGCAAUUUCUGUGUUUUUCUCAAAGUACUGUCUUAGCAUUGCCUUCCCAGAUGAUGCACUGUAGAACUGCAUGACUCACAUUUUUUCUUUAAUCAGAUCAUAGUAAAAUUCAAACUUUCCUUUAAAUGAAAAAGAGCUGGUAGUUUAGUUUUAAUUAGUUUACAUGGUAGCCUUAUCUGCAUGUAAAUUGUUUACACCGAAAUGGACUUUUAGAGGCUCUUUUUAUUUUUGAACUAUUGCUCGUCUGCAGCACCCUGUAGAUUCUCCCUUGUUUCUAUAUGCUACACAUUUCUUUUAAUGUGAUGCCACUGUUAAGAGCACUAGCGGCUUUGGUUUCUUGAAUCUGUCCCUUCACUGGAGUGCAAUACAAGUAGAAUAUAAUGCAGACUUCUCAGGAGAUGGAAAAGGUUUUUGUUGUUAAGAUUGUAACUUGUAUGAAUUAUAGAACUUUAUGGCUCCUGUGUCUAAACAAUAAACAAAAAGUGAUAAUGCUAUUAUCUGUAUGGUAAGUUAGGUUUCACCUUCAUAUUAAAGCAGUGGUUUAUUCAUUGCACAACUUGAAUACAAUCAGGAUAAAUGACUGAGUGUUGCAUUGCCUGUGUAAUUAGGACUUUGCCUUUAGUAAACUGGCUUGUAGAAACACACCCCUACCACUAUUCACUGAAAGCAAAAGCUGCUUAGAUUACUGGGCUCUAUGAAGUGUUCUAGAACUAAUAUUCCAAAUCACUAUAAAAAUACCCAGUUAACUGAUAGGAUAUCAAUAUUUUUAAAUGAUUCAGCCUUUCUGAUCCCCCCAAUUAGUAAUACUACAGAAGCUCCAGCAGGUGGAGCUGCUGUAACGAUCAGUGAAUAGUGUCAUCUAGGGAGGUUCUCUCAACCGCCAGCUUCACAUGAGCUGCAGUUGAAAAGGAUGUAACGCCAAUAUUUCCUAGAAACUUGUGGUUUUUACCACUGCAUUACAGCACUAGGGCCAUCUGUGCCUCAGUCGCUGUUUGGAGGGAGAACAUUGACAUGAGAGCCCAUGAUAAGGUCCUUGGUUACCGUUGUGGGAACAAGUCAACUGAUGACUACGCUGAAGGCUGGUGAAACUAGUGCUAGUAUUCCAUGUACCUAGUGUUCCCGUUUCACAGGUCACAGAGUGAUGCUGUAAAUUUAAAUAGCUUCCUCAAGCAUACUACAGCAGCUUCCCACCUGAUACAAUGCGCAACCUGUUACAAGCUAGGUUCUUAAAACAUUGGUUUACACUGUUGCCCAAUGUUACCAUAUAAGUAGUUUCCCAAUGGAUCUUGAACACACAGAGACGGACACCAGGAUCUGGUUAUGCUGUUUUCUUUUAAUGAUACACUACCAAUAAAGACCCUAAAAUGCAAGGUAUUCCCUUUGAAUAUUUCCAAAAAAGCACUGCAUUCUUAAAAAUUACAAAAUAUUAAAAUACAAAAUGUACAAGAAAUUACAAUACAAGGCUCUGUAAACGUCAGCUAAUCCUGCAUUUCCCUUAUUUAUUUUACAAAACCGUUUUUUUUUUAAUUUUUAUUUUAAAUACUUUCCCUAUACCAUAAGGAGUGACAUCCAUCUUAGAGUAUCAAAAAUAGAGUUUCAAUGUAUAUGUUCAUCUCAGCAUGAAAUAAAGGUGAACACAUUGUUUAAUCUUUGGUAACAGAAGUACAGUAGCACAUGUUGUUUGGGGCUACUGGUCUUGAGUUCCUCAGGGUGAAGGGUGGUUCAGAGCUCCUAAACCAGCUUCCAUCUCCUCCUCCUCACUCAGAAUUCUUCUCUCAAGUUAUUCCUAAAAGAACUGCAAACAUUUACACACAAUGUGUAAUCUUUGCAUAUCUUAAGGCUUUUCUACAAUGUUAUAUUUUUAGACAAAUAACCAUCACAGAUUAAAAAGCACAACAUAGAA